AUGAAGCUCGGUCUUUCUCUUAUCACCCUUGCAGUCCAAGUUCUCGUCCUCGGGCUUAUGGUGUUUGCUAUGCUGGUGCCAACGAACGGUAUGGAAGAAACAGAUUCCAAAACGGUCUACUGCAUCAAUUUUUGGGCAUCGGGGGUCUGCACAGAGCAUGCCUCUCCAAUAAGCAAGCUUGAGUGCAGCGGCGUGAAAGGGGCGAUGCAGGCUGGCGCGGCAUUUUCAAUCAUAUCAAUGGUUCUCUCUGUUGCCGUUGUGGUCCUGCUCAUCUUGAGGGGUAAGUUCUCUGGGUCGAAUUGGGCGCCACGGAUAGCUGCGAUGCUCUGUGCCAUCGCCAUUCUUAUUGUGUUGGUUGUGAUUCUUAUUGCGAUGGGCCAGCACUGCACUCUCGAAGCUGAGUCCUCCGGGAAUACGGUGGUCUUUGAUACCCACAACGGCACUUCUCGGGGGCUCGGUUUGGGGUUUAUUCUUGUGUGUAUCGCUCUUGUAUUGGAGAUUGUCGUUGCCAUACUUUCCUUCGUAUUCUGA